GACCAAUCAAGAGAGAAUCCUCCUCAUCAUCUUACUCUUGUCUACUUGGCCAAUCCGUAUCGUGUGGCGAUCAGAGAGUUAAGAAAGAGAUAACGAAUUGUUGUUGAUCACUUGUUUAUAAAUCUUGCUCACCAACAUCUUUUUAUCACUACUUCUUCAUCUCCAAUCAAAAUUUCUAUCCUCAGCUUCUACUAGGAAGCACACUCGUGAGACAUGGCCGCCGCAGUUUCCACCGUCGGUGCCAUCAACAGAGCUCCGUUGAGCUUGAACGGGUCAGGAGCAGGAGCUGCUUCAGUCCCAGCAACGACCUUCUUGGGAAAGAAAGUUGUAACCGCGUCGAGAUUCGCACAGAACAACAAGAAGAGCAACGGAUCAUUCAAGGUGGUUGCCGUGAAAGAAGACAAACAAACCGAUGGAGACAGAUGGAGGGGACUUGCCUACGACAUGUCUGAUGAUCAACAAGACAUCACCAGAGGCAAAGGUAUGGUUGACUCAGUCUUCCAAGCUCCUAUGGGAACCGGAACUCACAACGCCGUCCUUAGCUCCUAUGAGUACAUCAGCCAAGGUCUUAAGCAGUACAACUUGGACAACAUGAUGGAUGGGCUUUACAUUGCCCCUGCUUUCAUGGACAAGCUUGUUGUUCACAUCACCAAGAACUUCUUGACUUUGCCUAACAUCAAGGUUCCACUUAUUUUGGGUGUUUGGGGAGGCAAAGGUCAAGGUAAAUCCUUCCAGUGUGAGCUUGUCAUGGCCAAGAUGGGCAUCAACCCAAUCAUGAUGAGUGCUGGAGAGCUUGAGAGCGGGAACGCAGGAGAGCCAGCCAAGCUUAUCCGUCAAAGGUACCGCGAGGCAGCAGACCUGAUCAAGAAAGGAAAGAUGUGUUGUCUCUUCAUCAACGAUCUCGACGCUGGUGCUGGUCGUAUGGGUGGUACCACACAGUACACUGUCAACAACCAGAUGGUUAACGCAACGCUCAUGAACAUUGCUGAUAACCCCACCAACGUCCAGCUCCCAGGAAUGUACAACAAGGAAGACAACGCACGUGUCCCCAUCAUCGUCACCGGUAACGAUUUCUCCACCCUCUACGCUCCUCUCAUCCGUGAUGGACGUAUGGAGAAGUUCUACUGGGCCCCGACCCGUGAGGACCGUAUCGGUGUCUGCAAGGGUAUCUUCAGGACCGACAAGAUCAAGGAUGAAGACAUUGUCACGCUUGUUGACCAGUUCCCUGGCCAAUCCAUCGAUUUCUUUGGUGCAUUGAGGGCGAGAGUGUACGAUGAUGAGGUGAGGAAGUUCGUUGAGGGACUUGGAGUGGAGAAGAUCAGCAAGAGGCUGGUGAACUCGAGGGAAGGUCCUCCAGUGUUCGAGCAGCCGGAGAUGACUCUUGAGAAGCUAAUGGAGUAUGGUAACAUGCUUGUGAUGGAGCAAGAGAACGUCAAGAGAGUCCAGCUUGCUGACCAAUACCUUAACGAGGCUGCGUUGGGAGACGCAAACGCUGACGCUAUUGGCCGUGGAACUUUCUUCGGUCAAACCACUGGUCAAGCCUAAGGUAAAAGUGCAAAGUAAGUGAAUUUGCCGGUUCCUGAAGGAUGUUACUGAUCCUGCGGCCAAAAACUUUGAUCCAACGGCUAGAAGUGACUGAUGGAACUUGUGUCUUCAACUUUUGAGCUUUCCCUACUUAUAAUUAAAACUUCUGUUUUUUUCUUCUUCUGCUUUUGUGUAAUUGUGAAUUGGUGAUUAUGUGCAAAACUUCCAUAUAUUACAGUUGCCCCUUUUUAUCAUAAACCAUUUCUCAACUU